AGCAAAAUUCGAAUGGAAAGAGUCGAGCAGAAAAAGCCAUCAAGUUGUGUAUCUGGGCCCGUAACUAGUGCGUCACUCAAGGACCCACUGAAUGUAAUUGGGAUGAUAGUGACCUCUUCCUAUGGUCCAUUUGGAAGACUCAAGCAGAUUCAUAAUGGUAGUGGGGGGUGCGUUACUACAACCUCACAAUCCGCUGCCUUACUUAGUGGAUUGUCUCUCACCCACCCUGCGUUACACUUACUAGUUGCCUCCAUCCGUAAUCAUAUAUCUACCUUCAAUGAUUGUGGACUCUUUGCAGCAAUCCUUUGCUGCACCUUGAUAGACAGAUGCCUCCGUUUACCUGUAUCGGUCCACACAACGAUUAGAAUUAACAAGAGUCUAUUGGACAUGUGUUUGAGUUACUUAAAGUCAGAGGAUUGUGCUUGCAAAAUGAGUGUAGAUUUUACCCACAGCAAAUCUCUUCUUGAUCUAACGCGGUCCGUGCUAUGUAGUAAGCCAGCGUGCAUGAUGACCGUGAAAGAAGUAGAGUAUGUGAGCCUGCUCAUUGUAAAGGCUUUUCUCUACAAAGUCCCCAAUGAGUCUAAUCCCAAUCCUCUUUUAGGAAGAACUCUGACUGUGGCUGUUGAAGGACCUAGUGUAAUGGACUCUGCCUUUGUUCCUGGCGUGCUUACUGAAAUGCCAGCCUGCGGUUGGAGCCGACUAAUGCCUUUUUCUGGACUACCCUCACCCAACAUUACGUUAGCUUUGUUCUCAGUGUCUCUGUGCGGAGAAUUCAGUGAUACAGGAGAUGGCACGGUGGAAGUUAAGGCUGGUGUAGAUCCAGAAAAAGUCAUCUUGGAUCAGUUGAUUGCUUUAGGGAAACAGAUAGUGGAUGAUCAGGUGCAAAUACUUCUGUGUCAAAAAGUUAUCCAUCCAUCACUGAAACUGUAUCUAAAGGAACACGACAUCCUAGCUUUGGACAGAUUAGGAGCAGCCCUUAUGGAACCUUUAAGUCAAAUGACAGGUGCACGGCCUAUAGCUUCUCUUUGUUCAGUUUCUAAGGCUUCUUAUGGCCACCUCAAGCAGAUCAGUAAGGUUUCCUUUGGGAAUAAGCACUUCCUGCAUCUUCAGCCCUAUAACACUGCUGUGUGCAGUAUUGUGCUCUGUAACCGGAAUGAGACCUCCUUAAAAGAGCUUACGCGGACAUGUCAGACAGCUGAACACACUUUAAAUCAUCUUCUGAAGGAACCCUGUCUCCUGCUUGGCGGUGGCUGUACUGAAGCACAUAUAGCUGCUUACAUCCGUUAUAAGAGUUUAAUGAUUCAAAGCAGCCAUCUUGAGGAACUGAGAUGUUCAUCAUCGGAGUACAGUCUGGUGGCUGGCUGCUUCUGCUCCUCAUUAGAGGCCACGGCACGGUGCUUGGAACACGAUGGCGGGGAAAUUCUUACUGACUUACAGGACGGUCACUUUUGGUCUGUACUUCCUGAAGUCGGCGGAGAUACAGAAACUUUACAUAUGUGUGGCUGUCAGCUUUUCCAGAAGAGAGAGGGUCUUACAUGGACUGUAUUUGGGAGCCCAUAUCAGCCGUUCAGUCCCCGAAAUCACACACAAAUCUCUCCGUUGUUACCAACCAAAGAGACUCUGAUUUUAGAUAGCUUCACUGCAAAAUGUAAUGCUAUAAGGGUGGCUGUUGACACAGCUAGUCUGAUCAUGGAUCUGGUGUACGUUGUUAAAGAUGAAAACUGAUUCAACAAAAACACUUAAAAUUUCAACUCCUUUUCCAUACUUUUCAAUGCCUUUGUACCAGAAUAUGUCCAAUUUUUUUUUUAAAGUUAUAUAUUUGUACACAUGGGGGAGAUUUAGCAAAAUAUGUCCAGAGGAAAUGUUGCUGAGUUGCCCAGAUCGCUUCUUUAAUUUUUCAGCGAGCUUUAUAAAAAUGAAAGACUCGAUCUGAUUGGUUGCUAUGGGCAACUCAGCAACUUUUCCAAAUUUCCCCCAUGGUGUCCCUAAACAAUUCUUCUGAAGACUAAAUAGAUCAGUGGUCUUCAAACUGUGGCCCUCCAGAUGUUGCAAAACUACAAUUCCCAGCAUGCCCGGACAGCCGUUGGCUGUCCGGGCAUGCUGGGAGUUGUAGUUUUGAAACAGCUGGAGGGCCACAGUUUGAAGACCGCUGAAAUAGAUGUUCUAUUUUCUUCCUUCUCAUUGCAGUUUGGCUCACCCUUAUCAUUUUUGUUGGCUCCCUUCAAACUUGUUCUGAUUUAUAUAUUUAUUUGUGUAAUAAAUGGUGCACUGUUGUAAAA